AUGUUGCCUCUGAAGAAGUCCUCACUGCCUGAGGAAGAAGUUAUCAAUGCUGUAAAACGAGGUAGAAAACCUGGAAGUAAGAAUAAACUGAGGAUUAACAGCGCACCCCAACCAAGAGAUACAAUAGCUUCCAGAUUACGACAGAGAAAAGCUACCGAUGACGUUAACACUCGCAAACAGGGAGUUAUGGGGGAUGACGACGUAUUUUCUACAGAUCCUCCAGUUGCCGGUGAAGAAAUUGAAAAAGAAAAAGAACCGCCAGUGGAAGAAACGACUGCUGCGGACGAUGCCGAGGAAGAGGAGGCAGUCCGCUUGAUGAAUGCCGAGUACCUAUUGGUAGAAGCUGAAAAGAGUGCAGCUGACGACAGCGAAGAUACACCAGAAGCUAUGGAUCGACAAAAAUUUCGCGAAGAACUGCGAAGAGCAGCCGAUCGAUUUAAAGAAUUUUUGGCAACCCGACCUGAAACAGAAAAAAGGUUCGAAAAACAUCCUACGGCGCGACCAGAGGAUUAUAUCAAUCUACUCCCUGCUCCUAGCCCUGAGGUGGUAGAAGAAGUCCAAAAAUUUCUCCACGCUAGCCGUCUUCCUCAUGAAUAUGAGGAAGAAGUGUCAACUGAUUCAGAGGAAGAAGACGAAGAAGAAGAAGAAGAAGAGGAAUUUCUCCGAGAAAACUCAGAUACGGGAAUCGAGGACGAUGACACUAGUGUGGCCAGCAUAUCCGACACAGAGGUGCAGGUUGAAAUUACCCCUGCAACUCCAGAACAAGUGAAUCAAUCAACCAACUUGAGAGAAAAAUAUCUAACAAUUGAAGUAGAUCCAGCGACUCCUAUCUGGAGAAAAACACUUCUUAGACCAGUUCAAGACGUUUACGAAGACUUUGAACAUGACGAUCCUUCAAAAACUUUUUAUUGGAAAGGGGAAGUUGAAGGCGGUAGACAGCAAUCUACUAUCAUACCAAGACCUUCCACAUGUCAAACCUUAAACAUAGAAGAUAUCCCAGCAGCAUCGUCCAGUAUGGCGCAACCCAAAAAAUCACCAGUACGAACGAUGAGCGAUAACGGUACAAAUGGAAAUAAUAACAACGAACCUACACUAACAUCACAGAAUGAUUCCCAUGAUGUAACUGUGGAAAACUCAGAUCAUCCUUCCGUAUCGAGCACAUCGGACAUUGAUCAAAUCGAACAACCUAUAAUAAUUCAGGUCGAAAACCAAGAAGAGACUAAUUCUGCAAUCAUCUCCGAUAAUAAUCGCAAAGAGAAACAAAAUCCUACCACAGUUGCAGCCGAACAACUGGGGGACGGGAACUUAAUACCACCCCCUUGGUAUCCUGCUCAUCAUCCGGCUUUCGAACUUGCAGAUGAUACACGAAGCCAGAAAAGAUCAGCACCCGAGAUUUCAUCUUCAUCGGAUACUGAUUCUAAUAGACCUCCAAAAACGCCGACAAAACAAAUAAAAUUUUUAGAAAGUUGA